GGUGGGGGUGACGUCUCUCUGGUCGGAUUGUUUUACUUGUAGGAUUCAGACUCUUUUCCUCCUUCCCUCCAUCCAUCCAUCCAUCCUUCAUCCCUCUCCUGCGGACGUCAGUGGAACCUGUCAAAUCUGCGCGGCUAAUCCCGGCUAAUCCCAUUAUGCACAUUAGCUCCUCGGCGUCUCUUUGUCAAUGACGGCCAGGAUGGAGACUCCCUUCUACCAUGACGACUCCCCCGCCGCGCCGGGGGGGCCGGGGUUCGGCCACGCCCCCGAGUACGAGCGCUACCCGGGCAACAAGAUGCUGAUGGGUAAGAAGGCCGUGCCGGGCGGGCAUCCGUUCCCCGGCGGAGGGGGAACUGCACCUGGGGGGCGGUCGGGGAACCACCUGGCGCCCGCCGGCGUGACGUCAUCGUCCUCAACCGAGAUGCUGAAGUUGCCCCCCACCGAUAUGGAGCACCUGAUUUUCCAGUCCGGUCAGGGAUUGGUCAACGCCGGGAACCCCUUCCUCUACCGCGGGCAGGCGACCAACGAGCAGGAGGGGUUCGCCGACGGCUUCGUGAAGGCGCUGGCGGACCUGCACAAGCAGAACCAGCUGGUGGGGGGGGGCCCCAUGUCGCCGUCGGGGGGCGGGGCCUACCAAAGGAACCUGAUCUCCGGUGGGGAUGUGCCCGUGUACACCAACCUCGGUAGCUACCAGGAACCGUACUCCGGAGGACCGGUGGGCUUCGGUGUGGGGGUCAACCGGGGCCCGGACGCCCCUCAAACCGUCCCUGAGGCGCCGCACCACCCGGGCGACCGGUCGGCUUCCCCGGCCGACCCGGACGAGGCGCAGGAGCGGGUCAAGGCCGAGCGCAAGAAGCUGCGCAACCGGAUUGCCGCGUCCAAGUGCCGGCGGCGGAAGCUGGAGCGCAUCGCGCGGCUGGAGGAGAAGGUGCGCGCCCUGAAGGGGCGGAACGGCGAGCUGGCGGCCACCGCCGCCGCGCUGCGUGAGCAGGUGGGGCAGCUCAAGCGGAGGGUGAUGGGUCACGUGAGCGGCGGCUGUCGGAUCUCGCCGGCGGCUAAGUCCCGCGGGGAAGGUGCCGCCUCGACCGGCGCGGACUCCAUCGGUUGAGGCGUUCGUAGCUAGCGCUCGCGGGAGGCGGAGCUUGGAAGACAAAGGACACAAUUGGACAUUGGACGUUUUUGAAAAAGUGAGCGGGGCUAACCCUGUGACGUCAUCACCGGGACAGAAUUCCAAGGUGCCGAUAGGGGUUUGUUUUGGUGCGUCAGAGCAGCUACUUUACGAAGAAAAACAGCGUUGUAACUUUCACCGCUGGGUUUUUAGCGGUUAUGCAAAUAUCGUUCGCUUCUGGAAUGCGGAAGCUAAUUUUAAGAUAAUUUACAUUUUUAAUUUAUUACUGUUUUAUUACUUUACGACAAAAGUCCCCAAUUGAAAAGAGCCCGAGGGUCAUUAGGCUAACUGUGGCUAAAUGAAUUAGCAUGAAUUGAAUUGGGCUCAUUGUUUUAGGGUAGAGUUUAAUUUGAACACAUAUGUGUGUGUAUAUAUGUAUAUAUGUAUAUAUGUAUGUAUGUAUGUAUGU